AUGUCCGUUUUUGAUGCCUUGAUUACGUCACUGGUGUUGCAUUAUUCUCAUCAUUCGGAUUGGAAUACCCUCCAACCCUAUCGAAUCAGCAAGACUUUUUAUCAGAGCUUUACAUCCGAAGAAUUUGCUCGAGAAUACGUACGGAAUGUAUUCUCACUCAAUGAUCGGCAAACUCUAAAAUUACACGAAAUGAUUCAAUAUGCCAAUCAGUUCUUUCGAAGCUUGGAAGAAUCAUCACCAAGUAAUGAAGAAAAACAUUCACUCAAAACUGUUGGCAUGCCAAAAAAGAAAAAGAGAAAACAAAACUUCUGUUCACAACAAACAUACACCUGUUGGUCCAUUUUGAAAACAUUUGUGAAAUUAUACAAUACGGAUCGUGUCAAGCAAAUGAAUCAUUUCAUGACCGAUUAUUCUUCCAUGGCAAAGAAAUGGCCAAGAACGAACAUUUGUUUACAAUUAGAUCUGACAACAGACAAGGCAACGAAUUGUCUUGAGAAAAUGCAAGAUUUACUCCAUCGAGAACAACAACAAGUGGAAUUAAUGACGAGAAUGCAAGAUUUUUUCACAAAUCCACAAACUAUUUGUUAUGACGAAAACAUUGAAGUUUCCUCAGAAUUGGUGAACAAACUUUUUGGAAAAUUGAAGGGUGUGUUUUUGACAAAUUUUGAAAACCGUGCCAAUGAGAGGAUGUUCUUGGAAUAUGUUGUGUUUUGUGAUUGUGGAUUUCCUUUAACCAUACUUACAGAGAGUUCUAAAAAAGUAGACACUUAUCGACGAAGUGUUAGAGGAAGUGAAUUAGUAUCCAUCAAUUCCAAAACAUUAUUUACCAAUAACAAAUAUUAUGAUGAACGUGGUGAACUCGAAACCGAAUUUUCAACCACAUACGACUUGAAAUUGCUCGACUUUGUCAAGACAGUCCUUCUCGAUACAAGUGAGAUGAGUCCAGAAGAUCAUCAAGUCUUUGAAUCAUCCUCAACGAUUGGCUUCAAGUAUGGUAUCAUUUUGUUAUUGAGCUCGUUUAUCAAUGUGGGUAUUUUGUUGCCGAUUGAGAUUGAUUUUCCAGAGGAGGGAAAUUUGCAACAAUUUCCGUAUUGUCUUGCUCCACAAAUGGAUGAGCUUAUGGAUGAUUUUAUUGAUGAUUCAGAGGUGAAUAAUGAAGAAAGAAAGUCCUGGCAAUAUUUUUAA